AUGCGAUUGAUUCUCCAAUGGCCUGCUGGGGACUGGGACAUCUUCAACGUCGACCCAUCGGAUACCAUUCGACAAUUGAAAGAACUGAUUAUAAGGAAAACUUUCAUUCCUGUGAGUCAACAACGUUUGUCUUGGGCGGGAAUGCGAUUGGAGGACGAUUGCUUAUUCUCGCAAUAUCAUAUCUUGGAUAGAUCGGUGCUGUAUUCCUUCCCGGCAACGAUGAUGCAGGUCUCAGUCCAGACACAGUUUGGAGGCAUUCACAGUUUUCAAGUCGAGGAAUUAGAUACUGUGCUAAACUUCAAGCAUCAAAUCGAAGACAAAACGGAGAUUCCGGUGAACCAACAACGCCUGCUGAUUGACCAAAACUUACUCUGCAAUGAUCAGACGCUUCAGGGCAACAAAGUCGUGGAAGGGUCCGAGAUUCAGUUAGUGAAUGUUCAAAUUGGAAGAAUGCAAAUUUUCAUCAAAACUUUGACUGGUAAGACCAUUGCUAUCUAUGCCAAUCCAUCCGACACCAUUAGAACUUUGAAGGUCAAAUUAUGUGAUAAAGAAGGAAUGCCUCCCGCACAGCAACGUCUCAUCUUUGAUGGAAAGCAGCUUGAAGACCAUACAACACUUUCCGACUUCAAGAUUGAAGACCGCAGCACCUUGCAUUUGGUGCUUCGGCUUCGUGGAAUGAUCAGUACUUUCGCCUCCAACAAUUCAAUGGAUCCAAUGAUUCAUUACCUCCUCUUGCCGGACCAAGAGCGGUCGCAAGCCACAGUUCCGAUCCAAGCCUUGCGUGAGAAAGCUAUGAAAACAAUGGCUUCUUUGACAGACACCUUUCGCUUUCAAAUGGAACCGGAUAUUGUCGACUCCGCGCAAAUCGAUUGGUUGAAUCGAUUUCUUGAUUUUAUGUGGACCGAAACGCAGGAUACUGGCCGUUCCGAUUUGCGAAUUAGGGUAUCCGAUGAGUGCUUUCUCAAGUUGAUGGCUCCGCUAGACCCGGAUGAAAGUAGAACUUCCCGAAUUUCUCUAUUGGAGAAAGUGAAAGCACAAUCCAAAGCCCCCGAGCCACAUGUUGCCCUACGCAUGACUACUGGACCCACUAAAGCUUGUAUAAACUUUCAUUGCGAUGGCGGCUAUGCAACCCAUACUACACAAAUUGCCUUGAACGAUUCGAACGAUUACGAAGGAGGCCGCCUGUGCUUUUUUGUUCAAGACAAGCUUCAUGUGUUGGAACGACCCAAAGGAUCCAUUGUCGAGCAUCCUCGAGACGUUUUGCAUGGUGUGACAGCCAUGAUCAAAGGUAGUCGCACGAGUUUGUUUGUGGUGGACAGUUUGAAUGGUGCGGAAGAUGGGGGUGUUGUGCAACUAAACCUGGACCAUGUCGAACGCUUCCUUACAAAAGCAAAUGUAUCUGGGCAGCAACGCGUCAAGAGGGCUAGAACCAGAUUGUAG